GCGAGGCCGGGCCAUGGCGGCGUUCGGGGACAUCUACGUUACUUCUUAUACAUCAUCAUACACAUGUGUACGCCCACGCAGCAGGCUCCAUCUGCUUGCAGAACCCAAGCGACAACAUGGUGAAAGCAGUCCCGGGCUUGUGUGGGGAAACCAAGAGACGAUAUGGCCCCUCUCCGAUGGUGCUAUGACAGCUCGACCAUCUAAAAGAAUAUUGUCACUGUCCAAGCCCAAGAAAGAUUAUAGCAAGUAUCCAUGCAGGUGCAAGCCAGUGUUUGGUGGGCGCGCACCGUUAGCAAAGUUUGGCUACCCUUCUGAACGCCUGCUGAGGUUGUCUGAACCUAAAAAAUACCACCCGGAUUUCCUGCAGUACAGAUCCCGUGAGACCCCUGACUGGUCUGUGUCCCAGGCUGCGCAGAACUACACUGCCUCCGAGCGCAUUGUGGAGCUUGCUCGGCCAAAGCCAGUGCACCCAGAUUUCGUGCCACCCAGAGAGGUGCCAGUACCAGUUUCCAGCUUUGCGAUCUCAGCCAAUGCAACGGUGCGGGUCCAGCAACUYGCAGAGCCCUUGAUCAGGGAGCUGCCCUGCUGCUCUACGCACAGCCAUCCUGCUUCUCUUGUCCCUCCGGUUUCCAAGUCAGCUCAGAAGGCAGUUGCAAGUGCCCGAACCAUUGAGCUGGCUAAGCCAAAACCAGUCCCUGCCAAGUUUGCACCUCCACGUGAUCCUGAGUGGCCCGUGACCGAGGCUGCCAAGCGUGCAGUGGCUACACCAAGACUUCUGGAGCUGGCCCAGCCUGCAAAAAGACCUCGUCUGGGCCUGUCAUUCAACCCAGAUGCAUUCAAAGUGAAGGAGGCUGCUAAGAAGGCAGUUUGUACUCCACGGCUCAACGAACUUGCUCAACCAGUCAGACGCUAAGAAGCUUCCCCAAAAAUGUUCCUUCCGGCUGCCCACAUCACCCUCUGCAACAUGUCUCUCUGGGCUGUGCUGUGGCUGGAAAAUCUACUUGAACACAGCACAGGGGCAGCACUCAGCAAGAGCACUUUCUGGAAAUUCAAAUAAAGUCAUCGUUCCUUUAAAA